ACCGAGAGGGAUUUGUUUUUCUAACUACAGAUGAGUUUUUUAUUUGACAAAAACAACACUUCCAAUAUGAUUAGAUCUACACCUAAUUUUCUUCAAAUAAAGCAUUGAAAAAAAAACAACAACUUCGUAGAAUCUAAUCUAGACAGAAUUUAGAUAAGAUAUAGACCUAGACCUAUGGCUAUGUACUAUGUCUAAACUUUAAACCAUCGGAAUUCUUAAUCAAGACAAAAGUGACUAGAUCUAGUAGAUAAGACAUAAGAAUAAAGCUAAAAACAAAAUAGGAAUGCAGAAUGUUAAAUUGGUUGUAGUUGGAGACGGAGGUGUUGGUAAAAGUUGUAUGCUUAUAGCGUAUACAACAAACUGUUUUCCAGGCGAAUACGUUCCUACUGUUUUUGACAACUAUAGCGCAAAUGUUAUGGUAGAUGGCAAAGCCAUCAACCUUGGAUUAUGGGAUACAGCUGGCCAGGAAGAUUAUGAUCGACUUCGCCCUCUGUCAUAUCCACAAACAGAUGUAUUUUGUGUUUGUUACUCCGUUGAGCGGAGAGCUUCGCUUGACAACAUCAGACACAAAUGGCUUCCAGAGAUAAAGCAUUUUUGUCCUGACGUACCAGUAGUGAUAGUUGCUUGUAAAACAGAUCUAAACUAUACAGAAGGUAGAAAAAGGGAUGUAAUAAGGUCUGAAGAAGGGCGUGCUCUGGCUAAUGAACUGAAGACUGCCUUUGCUGAGACAAGUGCUUUGACUCAACAUGGAUUGAAAGAAUGUUUUGAUGGGGCUAUUCGCCUUGGUCUUGGUAAUGUUUCAUCAGCCAAAACCAAGUCAAUAUUUUCCAGGAAAAGCAAGAAAAAGAAUGAGCAAACCAUAUUUCCUCCUGUCAUGCCCCCUGCUGGUAAGGCUCCUUGGAUGGAGAUUGAAAGCUCAACAUUUGCUGACAACUGGUAUAAAACAUUACAGAAUCCUAAAUUUCAUGAUGUGACAUUCCUAGUAGAAGGCACUCGCAGGCUUCAUGCUCAUAGGGUAGUCAUUUGUUCUGCAUCAAAGUUUUUUGGGAAAGUUCUAUCUAGCACAUUGCCUUGUAGUAAUUCCCAACUUCAGGAGCUUAAUCAUAUUGACAGCUUUUCACGUGAAGAUUUAAAUGCUGGGAAAGUGCAAGGCAUAUGUUCAGUGUAUGAUACUGGAUCAUCAUAUGGCCUGGACACAACUAUAGAGAUCAGUGCCGACAUCAAAGCAAAAACAUUUGUUAGAGUCUUAGAAUUUCUUUAUACAGGCUUACCUAAUGUACCAGAAGAUGCAGAUGAAACAGAAAUAAAAGAGCUGAAACGUUUGGCUGGCAUAUUUCAACUUCACUACCUGAGUACAAUCUGUGACAACAUCCUGAAUGAGGAGGACUUUCUGAAUCCAAGUAUUGGCUCUUACAUCAAUGAUGAGACUGGAGCCAAGAUGAAAGAACUUUUCAUGAAUCAGGAAGUCUACUCUGAUGUUGUGUUUGUUGUAGAAGGUACACAAAUAUAUGCUCAGAAAGUAAUCCUCUCCACAAGAAAUGAAGUGAUGGCAGCCAUGUUUCUAGGAAGUUUUAUGGAGUCUGCGCAAGACAAAAUCACUACAGUCAACAUCCCUCAUGCAAGCAGGGAGAACUUCAUGUCUCUACUGGACUAUAUCUACACAGACCAUGCCCCAUUAGAGGAAAGUGAAGACUUGGUGGGUAUGAUGAGUCUUGCAGAUGAAAAUGGGUUGACACGAUUGGUCAAUCUUUGUGAGCUAUACAUCAGCAAGGAAGUGGACAGAGCCUGCCAAAAUCGUAUUGAGAGAUCAGAGAUUGAUGUUGUGGGAUUAUUAAAUACAGCUCAUAUGUUAAAUGCAAGGCAGUUGGUGACUUUUUGUUUGCAUUUCAUCGCUACCAACUACAACGCCUUUUCAAAAAGACAAGAAUUCUGCGAACUGACAGAGAUAGACAGGAAGCAUGUGGAUGAGCACAGGUGGCCUCCCUUGGAUUACCUUCAACAAGUUGAGGAAUAUGAAAAGCAAAUGUCAAAAAGGGGAGAGAAGUGUGUUCUGAUGUGAUAAGUUCUUCAAAACUGAAUUGAUCUCCCAUGAUUUAGGUCCAACACAUUUGGAAAUAGGAAAAGAAAAAAUAUUUGAAAAGGGGGUUGAUAAGUAUGUUACAAUGUAAUAUAUAAUAUUUUACAUUCCUGUGAAUUUAUAAUAUACAGCAUAUUUUAUGUGUCCUUGCUCAUAUUUAUGUUUAUUUCUUAUGUCAUUGGGCAUAUGUAUGUUUCCAUAGUCUGCUCACACAGAACUAUAACAGAUGUAAUUAAUAAUGCAGUACAGUUUCAUCUCAUUGUUAAAAUACAAUCAUGUAAUUGGUUAUUUUUUUGAGACCAGUAGAAAUUUUGCAAUACAAUAAAUGAAUCAAUGACACAUAAGCCCUGAGUAAAUAUUGAAUAACUCAGAAUAUUUUAAAAAGAAAAUGCCCCAGUGUGAUUGAUGUGUUCAGGUACAUGCACUAUGGACAUAUUGACUAAGCUACAAAUAAAGUAGAUUUAUCUCC